UGUGGUACGAUGUGGUUUGUUUGCUUGGUAUAUAAAUAGAGUAUGUUUGAAAUAUAAUGAUUCAUAUAUCCGAGGCUGUGACUUUCGUUCUGGACUCAACUGGCUGGGUUAGACAGGGAAGCGAGACCAAUCAGAACCCUAGGUCGUUCUACGUGUUUGUGCGUCUUUGGUCCGAUCAAUAAUCCGCUAUCCCUUAAUCAGCAUUAUUUUCACGUUAUAACAAUUGGCGACGGGGUGAAGAAAAGAUACAAUCCAGUCAUUCUGUAAUUGGACGAAAUCCAGUCUAAUUAUUCAACCAAUCAGUAUCCAGAUUGUCAUCAGUGUCCUUGAACCACAUUGGUCAUUAGUCAUACAGUAAUUUUCAUCACAGGUGCUGAUUCAAAAAAAUGACUCUCCCUUCCGAUCGAUUACAGCUGCUCUUUGAACGACAUUUGGAGUUAUUAGUCAAGUUCCGCACGCAGCUGCUAAAUCACUCAUGUUAUGAAGAUGCGACGGAAGUGGAUGGAUUGAUAUCUGAAAUACACAGUGAGCUGGAAAAUGACAGCAGCCUCCAUGAAUCCUCGAUGAACUGUACUUCAAACGAAACAGUCAUCCAUGAUGCGCCCACUGGUCCAGUACUUUCCAUUUCAGAAACAUGCCCGGUAAUGGAUUCAAACUACAUCAACCCCGAAACAGCAUGUGCAGACAGUAACAUAUCCAGCUCACGAGAAGAUCUCAUUGUUUUGCCAGAAAAUGUGUUUCACGUAUCAAAUAAUAACCAAGAACCUGGUACAGUUUUGUUGGACGCCGAUUAUCAUAAUGAACCACUACUUACUAAAGAUUUAAACCCUGAUGACUUCGAAUUGGAUGGCGUUUAUCCUCAAUAUCUGAUCGAUUUUACUGCAUUCCCUGUGCAAUAUGUUUUGAAGACAAUCAAAUUAAUUGUAAUUUGGAUUUAUGAAGACCCAACAUUAUUUCGAGGGGGAGGAUAGACGCGAAAACUAUCCAGAUAUUAACUCCGGAUCUUUUGUUUUAAAAAAAGGGGGAGGUGUUAGGUAGUCGGAAAUAGA